CAAGAAAUAGAGAGAGGAACCAGUGAUAAAAGGUAGGCGCGUUAAGAAUAGUCUGUAUUCUGCAAGACAGCUCCAACGAACCAUGGCUUACGUUGAGAGAGAAUUCCAAAAGAAAAAACAAGGGGGCAUGAAUGCUAUUGCUAGUUACAAUUUACACAUUGCCUAAAAAAUCAACCAGAAACGAAUUACUCUUGCCUGUGCCAUUCACAGCAAGCUUGAUUUCUCAUCAUACGCUGAAGCUUCAAUUUUUGGGCAGAUGACGGACAGAUGAUUCUAAAAUAAAAGAAGGGAAAACUUCAACCAUAAACCAAAAGAAAUAACUUGCCUUUGAAGUUUAAGGUUUUAUUAUCCAUAAUUCUAAGUUGAGAUGAUUAGAAGAGAGCUGGUUUGUGGGAUAUUAGCUAGAAUGAGUAUUUUGUUUUUGCCCCAGAUGGGAUGGAACUUUGCUUGAGAGAUGUGAAUGAAAAGAUAAUGUCAUGAGUUAUCUGUAGAGAAAUUUGUAAACAUUUGAGCUUUAAUGGGAAUUUUUAAUAUAGUUAUUUGAUUUCUUUGAAACUGUGUACACCAUGCUUAACAUGAUUCAUUUGAGCAACUUUUACAGUAAUGUUUAUCGUUUAUAUUUGCCUUCUUGAUGUAGGUAUACAUAUGUGACAUCCUGAUGUGUGGCAUGCUUUAAUUGCCAUAUUAGAUAAAGCAACGUAAUUCCCUAAAUGAGUAUUAAAAUUUGACCACCACUUGCAAUUCUAUAGGUGUCAAUAUUUUUGUGAAGACUACUAUCAACAUGGUGAAAGGCGUUAUCCAGUAUAAAUGAUAUUUUAUUGAUGUAAAGAAUGUAAUCAUUGGUUAACCACACAACAACAACAACAACAACAUACCCGGUGAAAUACCACAAGUGGGGUCUGGGGAGGGUAGGAUGUACGCAGACCUUACCACUACCUCAUGGAGAUAGAAAGGUUGUUUCCGAAAGAUCCUUGGCUCAAAAGUCACAGUCCCAAGUAAGAGAGAAAAACAAUAUAUAUAUAUAACAUAUUGGCAAAAAAAUGAAAAGCGAUGCAAAUUUUACAAAACAAGAACAAUAACGAUAGCAAAGUGAUGUGGUAAUCGAAGGCAAUAACAACACAACUAUAAAUGUACACCUAGACCUAUGACCACCCUAAACCAACACACGGCAAGAUACCAUUCUAUCCCUACUAGCCUUCUACCGUAAUCCGCAACCUCCACUCCUUUCUAUCUAAGGUCAUGUCCUCGGUGAUAUGGAGUAGCGUCAUAUCUUGUCUAAUCAUUUCUCUCCAAUACUUUUUCGGUCUACCCCUGCCCCUCCGCAUAACCCCCAAAUCCAACCGCUCACACCUCCUAACUGGGGCGUCGACACCCCUCCUCUGCACAUGUCCAAACCAUCUUAGUGUCGCUUCUUUCAUCUUAUCUGCCACAGAGGCCACUCCCAUCUUCUCUCCGAAUAAUCUCAUUCCUAAUCUUAUCACUCCUAGUGUGUCCACACAUCCAUCUCAGCAUUCUCAUCUCCGUAACAUGCAUCUUCUGAACAUGUAAAUACUAUAUGAAGUAGUUAGUAUGCAAAGUUCUCUACAUUUAGCUUAAUAUCACUUUAUUCUCUCUACAAUUUUAUAGCAACUCAAAGAUAAUCAUAAUUGAUUAAAUCACAUAGUCCAACAAUUAAAAUUUAUAUAGAAACAACAACUCUAACUUAGAAAAUUGGGCUGGCCCACAAAGCGGGCCAUCCCUCAUCUAGUUAAUUAAAUAAUUCUUACUAUUAUUAUAAUUUUCUUGAAGGUAAGCAAAAAGUUAAAAGUGGCAAGUGAAUGGUGGACUGGUCUUUCUUUUUCUCAAAUUAUACUAGUACUAGUUAGGAAACAGGUCAUUCACCUUCUUGUUUCGAGCGACGAUGAGGAGCAGCAACUGCAGAUUUCUCUUCAAAAAUGGCUUGAUUCCAAAUUUGGCAGAAAAACCAUCAGUAACAACCUUACUUGAAGCCCACCAAGGUGCAUAUACAACAACUAGGACUCACAAUGGUGGCUCACUGCUGUUGUUUUGGGAAAGGCAUAUGAGCAGACUCUCCAAUUCUCUAAGAAUUCUCUUGAACUCUAACCCAGAACUUUUAUUCAAUUCAGAAACAUAUAGAGUCCCUUUUUCCUUAGUAUCAACAAAACCAACCAUGUGGGAUUCAUUGGUUCAAUCUCUCGUGGAUGAUUCAAUGAGAAAAGCUCUGCCCUUUUUAUUGAAGAAAAGAAGAAGUGGAGAGGAAUUGGCUAUUACAUGUCUUGUCAGUGGAAAUGUUGAUAGUUUGAAGGAACUUGUAAGAGAUGAGGAAAUGUUUUCUACAGCUUUUGAUGUAUAUGUCCAUGUUGGUUCCUAUGUUCCUCCACUCUUUGGUAUCCAUGAAAAUGCAGCACAUUUGGCAGUUGUAGGUCGUGGUAGGCGCGUAGCAAAUGCCAAAUACUCAGACUGGGUUAGGCAAAGGAAACAAUUGGAGAAGCUGAGGCCACCUUCUGUCAAUGAGCUCCUGUUGUCAAACAAUGGCGAUCAGAUCUUAGAGGGUUGUUUGACAAAUCUUUUUGUUGUUUGCCACAAGGAUGUUAAUGGCGAUUAUCACAAAGCUAGCCAAAGAGACGAUGAAUCUACAGUUUCAAUUGAAUUGCAGACUGCCCCUAUAAGAGAUGGUGUCCUUCCAGGAGUUCUACGCCAAGUAAUUCUUGACAUAUGCUCAAGAAACAAAAUUCCAGUCAGAGAAAUUGCACCUUCAUGGUCAGAGCGUGAAAUGUGGUCAGAAGCAUUCAUUACAAGUAUGUGGCUCAGUUAUAGCUUGAGGCUAUUGCAGCAUGUGGAAGUUAUUCAAGCUCCUAGUUCAUGGGAAUCACUUGAAGCACAAACUUGGACGGACAUAUCUUGGGAGGAGAAGCUAUUUGAGCAUGCUCCUGGACGGAUCACUGCACUCAUCCAGAAGGAGGUCUUGGAAAUGGCAAGCAUAGAAGGGUAUUCAGUUUCUCUAUUUAAUGACCGGUAGACCUUUCCCUCGUAUCAUAUGUGCUAAUAUUGUAGUACGAUUGGAAAGGUCGCAUCAUGAAAACACAAUGUUUUAGCCAGCGAAUGUCUGCCCUUCACAUGCCCCUCUUACAUUUUUAUUCUGGUGUACAAUUAAGUGUUGAAUCAUUUGAUUAUAAGAACUAUAAUUAAUUAACUUAAAUAAAAGUGAUAGUUCUAUAACAGUUGUUUGCUUUAAUUGAACAACUCUUGAUUAGGCCUAUCAAGUCGAAUUAGUGCCCUGGAUUUCCUUUUUAAGCCCCUUUUCAUGUAGCAAAUCACUGAAACAAAUAGAACUAGUUAAUACUAGCAGUCUUGUUAUUCAUAUGUACAUUGCAGCUGCAGAAUAUUUCAUAGAUUACAUCAUAUUUCUGAUGAUAUCUAGUGACACUAUGAAUCCAACAUAUUCCGAAA